GCGCGUCGGCGGGCGGUGGGCGGGGUAUGGCCGGCGCGCCGGCGCUGGAGCCCGGACGGGUGGCGGGGGAGCGAUGGUCGCAAGAUGGCGGCGCUGAAGGAGACUCGGAGCUACGGGCUGUCGUGCGGGCGGGUGAGCGACGGCAGCAGAGUGUCCGUGUUCCAUGUGAAGCUCACAGACAGUGCCCUGAAGGCCUUCGAGAGCUACCGCGCCAGCCAGGAUUCUGUGUCACUGAGACCAUCGAUCCGAUUUCAAGGAAGCCAAGGGCACAUCUGCAUCCCCCAGCCCGACUGCCCUGAGGAGGUCCGGACCUUCUCCUUCUACCUCUCCAACAUUGGCCGGGACAGCCCGCAGGGCAGCUUCGACUGCAUCCAGCAAUAUGUGUCCAGCCGUGGGGACGUCCACCUGGACUGCCUGGGCAGCAUCCAGGACAAGGUCACAGUGUGUGCCACUGACGACUCCUACCAGAAGGCCCGAGAGAGCAUGGCUCAGGCAGAGGAGGAGACACGGAGCCGAGGCACCAUCGUCAUCAAGGCCGGAGGCCGCUACCUGGGCAAGAAGGUCCAGUUCCGCAAGCCAGCCCCGGGGGCGGUGGAUGCCGUGCCCUCCCGCAAGCGGGCGACCCCCAUCAACCUGGCAAACGCCAUCAGGAAGAGCAGCUCGAGUGGGGUAGGGCCAGGCACGGUGUCCCAGCGGCCCUUCCGGGACCGAGUGCUGCACCUCCUGGCGCUGAGGCCCUACCGCAAGGCUGAGCUGUUGCUGCGGCUGCAAAAGGAUGGGCUGGCGCAGGUGGACAAGGAUGCGCUGGACGGGCUGCUGCAGCAGGUGGCCAACGUGAGCGCCAAGGACGGCACGUGCACACUGAGGGACUGCGUGUACAAGGAUGUGCAGAAGGACUGGCCCGGCUACUCCGAGGGGGAUCAGCAGCUGCUGAAGCGUGUGCUCACGCGGAAGCUGUGCCAGCCGCAGAACACAGAGCCCGCUGCCUGCAGCCCUCCCUCGGAGCACGGGCGCCCAGCCUCGCCCGCCCAGAAGCGGCUGCAGCCCCUUGACUUCAUCGACCCCCUGAUCCACAAGAAGCCCAGGAUCUCGCACUUCACCCAGAGAGCCCAGCCUGCCCUCAACGGGAGGCCGAGUGCACCCAACGGCCGGGAGGCUCUCCUGCCCACGUCCGGGCCGCCGCCUGACGCCCACCUGCCCCUGCGGCUGGAGCCCCCACGCGCCCACGACUCCCUGGCCGAUGUCAGCCAGGGCCACAGCAGUCAGGACUGCACACGAGGGGAGACGGCCAUCCCGGCCCCCACUGCACCCCUCAGCCUCCCCCCUCUGACAGACUGUGCCCAGCCUGAUGGGCCCCAAGGCAGCCCCGUGCGCAGCAAGCCCAGGAAGAAGUCCAAGAAGCACAGGGACAAGGAGAGGGCGGCAGAGGACAGGCCCCGUGCCCUGCUGCCCCACCCUGACCCCACUGCCCAUGGAGAGCCGCCCAACGCCCUGGGCCUGAACGGAGCCUGCAACGCCAGUGCCAGCGUGCCCACGUCCACAUCGGAGACGCCUGACUACCUGCUCAAGUACGUGGCCAUCUCCUCCUCGGAGCAGCGCCAGCGCUACAAGAACGACUUCAACGCCGAGUACAGCGAGUACCGCGACCUCCACGCGCGCAUCGAGCAGAUCACGCGGCGGUUCACACAGCUUGAUGCGCAGCUGCGGCAGCUGACGCAGGGGUCCGAGGAAUACGAGACUACUCGGGGGCAGAUCCUGCAGGAGUACCGGAAAAUCAAAAAGACCAACACCAACUACAGCCAGGAGAAGCAGCGCUGCGAGUACCUGCACAGCAAGCUGGCGCACAUCAAGCGGCUCAUCGCCGAGUACGACCAGUGGCAGCUACAGGCCUGGGCCUAGCAGCACCCUGGGCACCAGGCGCCGGGCAGGCUGGGCAGGCCGGGCUAUUGAAAACAGUAUUUAAAACAUGCGGACACUCGGCUCCGAGCCACAGCUCCCGGGAGGCCCGGCCGCCCUCGCCUGGGUGCAGUGAGCUCUCGGUGGCCUGCCUGGGUCCCAGCCGUCCCUCUUGCCACCGCCAAGACUCGGGCCAGCCCGCUGCCUUUUCUAGUUUUCUAUGAGCUACCACCGAAGAGACUCGUCUAUUUUUGUACAAGAGAAAGCAGUUUUUCUAAACCUGUGCCUCCCUGUCCUCGGACGUCCAGGUCGGGAUGUCCCGCGUCCCUAUGCAGUAUUAGAGAUGCCGCCCGCAGGCCUCGCUGGGCCACCCUGCUGUUCAGGCCUUCAGCCGUGGUGGCCCUGCGGGCGUGAUGUUUUGGGUCUUCAGUUUCCCCUGUGCAGGCCGCGGCCCCCACGCUGCUGGCCUCGCUCCGUCCCUCUGUCUACUUGCGGGUCCCGAGGUUGCCUCAGCCAGGCCAUCGCUGGGUUUGCACUCAGGGAGGGGCUGGGGACCCCAGGACACCCUGGUUGCUGCUUUGUCACUGUGCCUAGUCUCCAGUGUCCCCGGCGCAGUGGGGCAGUGUGUGUGUGUGUGUGUGUGUGUGUGCGCGCGACUGAGCGCGUGCGUGUGUGUGAGUGUGGCUGUCUGCACAUGCGUCUGUUUCUCUAACCUGCAGGGCUCCGGCUGCUUCCACAGAGCUGGCGCCUGCGCGGUGGGGACACCGGCGGCUCUUUCCUUUGAGGAAGCCCGGCCUCCUGUUUCAAUGGCUGUUUUGUUUCCACUUGGGGCGGACGGGCGGCUAAGGAAGGCGCUGUGCGCACUGCACUCGAGAGCCGUUAUUUACGGGGUCCCCUAAGUCCGCUAUCCCCGCGCCAUGCCAGUCCCUUAUCCCGAGGGUCCUCGAAGGCAAGGGAGGACUCUGCCUCGGGGCCGGGAUGACCCUCACUCGCUGAUUAAAUACGGUCUAACUUAUUGAUGCUGUUUUAUUUUCCUUUUAAUGUUGUACUGUAGAGAAACUACUUUGAGCCAUGGACUUGGUGUUUACAAAGAAUUUUUCACUUUUGCCAAAUGUUACAAUCAGAAGGCGUCCACCUCUGCAGUUUCCUAACAUUUUCUUAAGAAACCCAGGGUCCUUUUUGUACACUAAGCAGGUGAAUGCUGAUUUUUUUAUCCUACAAUAAAUUACACUGAAUGAACCCA